GCCCUGCCGGGCGCGGCGCGCGGGCCAUGGUGGCGCUGGAGACCCCGGAGGGCGGCCCGGAGGCGGCGGCGGCGGCGGGGGGCGCCCCGGGCGGGCGGCGGACGCUCUGCCUCCCCCGUGACGUGAUGAUGAAACAAAAUGAAACUUUGAGGGUCCGGGGCUCCACGCGUGGUGGAGGGCCCCUUCCCGGAUGCCUGCCCGCUCUAACCGGCUCCCAGGUGAAGAGGUUCUCGGCCUCCAAGCGGAAGCAGCACUUCAUCAACCAGGCUGUGCGGAACUCGGACCUCGUGCCCAAGGCGAAGGGGAGGAAGAGCCUCCAGCGCCUGGAGAACACCCAGUACCUGCUGACCCUGCUGGAGACAGAUGGGGGCACACCUGGUCUGGAGGAUGGGGACCUGGCACCCCCAGCGGCACCCGGCAUCUUCGCGGAGGCCUGCAGCAAUGAGACCUACGUCGAGGUCUGGAACGACUUCAUGAACCGCUCCGGGGAGGAGCAGGAGCGGGUGCUCCGCUACCUGGAGGAUGAGGGCAGGAGCAAGACGCGGAGGAGGGGGCCCGGCCGGGGGGAGGACCGGCGGAGAGAGGACCCGGCCUACACGCCCCGCGAGUGCUUCCAGCGCAUCAGCCGGCGUCUGCGAGCCAUCCUCAAGCGCAGCCGCAUCCCCAUGGAAACGCUGGAGACCUGGGAGGAGCGGCUGCUCAGGUUCUUCUCCGUGUCCCCCCAGGCCGUGUACACGGCCAUGCUGGACAACAGCUUCGAGAGGCUCCUGCUUCACGCCGUCUGCCAGUACAUGGACCUCAUCUCGGCCAGUGCUGACCUGGAGGGCAGGCGGCAGAUGAAGGUCAGCAAUCGGCACCUGGACUUCCUGCCGCCCGGGCUGCUCCUCUCCGCCUACCUGGAGCAGCGCAGCUGAUGGCGGCCCGCCGGGCCCCGCCCACCGCCUCCCCGGCACCGGACCUUCCGUGCCACCCGCCAGAAUAUCUUCAUUAUUUUUAGAAUUCGUCUUUGGAAACGUCAUCUUCCCCUUGGGGUGGCUCUCUCUCACCCCAGCCCCCUCCCUGCCCAGCCCUUCCAGAUAAAUUCUGGUGGCUGGGGCUGCUCUGGCCUUUCCAGGCCCCAUAGCUCCUCGCUCUGGGACUUGUAUUUGGGCGGGGAGACCGGGCCUGGUCACUUCCAUGUUCCUUCUUCGUUCAGCUUUCUCCGUCCAGUCUGAGGCUUAAGCGAGGAGGGAGAGGCUGGCUUUUUAUCACUUUUAAUGAAUUUGGUGUGAUUUGUUGUAGAUUUUUAAAUUUCCCUUUUGGGAAGAAAAACCAAACUCGCCCCAACUGAUAAAUCGGGGGGCUUUGUUCCAGUCCCUGCUUGACACCCCCCUCCCAGUUUUUGGCUUGGAUGGGGGGGGUCUCUGGGGCCUCGUCCCCCGCCCUGGGAGUGUUACGUCUUGUGUGUGCGUGCGCGUGCCCCACGACCCAGGACGGAAGCUGCGUUUUAAAGGCUGGUUUUACUCUCUUUUUGGAAUGUGUGUUGUCCCCCGCUGGUGUCUUUUGGUGGCUCUUGGGGCCCUGUCUGCUGUAUACCCUGCCCUUCCCCAUUUUUCUCCCGUCUUUUCCUACUGGGAGUCCGGGACUUCCAGCCAGAAGCCUCCGCCCUUGGACUACCCGGUUCCCUUUCCAUGUUCCCCAGCCUGUUGCUUUGGGGUGUCCUCCGGCGGGCCACCUGGCCUGGCCCGGCCCCCGAGAGCAGGGCUGCCCCCCCCCCGCCCCCGGUGUGUGGCUAGCUGUGCUUUGGGAAGAGUGGAGAGUCAAUAAAUUUCUGGUGCUCUUGUCUCA